AUGCUAACUACCAAGAAGCCGUUUCUGGCUGAUGAAGAGUUGGGGAAGAAGGAUGACGACCAUCGGCCACGGAAGCCUUCGCAUUUUUGGCGCUCGUCAAAACAAUGGAAGCCACCACGACUGCGGCGAAUCGUACUAGGAGUUGCUGCAUUGUAUAUGCUCUAUGUCUUCUUUAGAAAUAUGCCCACCGAUCUUUCGCCUGCCCCGGAGCGGUUGAACCCUGCACUUGCAGAAACGCGACAGAAAGCUGGAAUGUCAUGGUCUCCCACACCAUCGUCCGCCAUCCCUCAACGGGGCCCUCCUCCACGGGACGAGUUUGCGCCCGAAGGGAGUCUUUACUAUGAGGGAAGCGUUCUCUUCCACUCGCUUGGUCAAACUUUGUAUAGGUUUCGCAAAUUCCCUGGUGUCCAUGGAUUGCCUGCCAGUCGUGCAGUUGUCUUUGCUGGUGCAAGUCUGAAAAGCAUCUCGGAUCUUCUCCCUCUCGCCUGUAAAAUGGCUUAUCAAAGGGCCAAUGAGGUUCAUCUUGUGCUCAUGGGGAGGGAUGACGUCUCGAUUGAAGGAAUCCAGCAUGUAAAUGGCAUCGAUGGCAGCGACUGCCCUAUCUAUUGGCAUGAUGGUCGGGUAGAUUAUGCGCAGUGGUCGACGGAUGCUCGCAUGGAGAGGGCUGUUGCAGCCGGGUUAGUUUACGUGCAAGCUUAUCUAUCUCCCCAGGCGGUGAUCACACAAGGCGAGUCUUUGGAAGAAGUGUUUUUCUUACAAGGUAUUGAGAAGAAGGCCCGAGAGCUCAGCACCACCCAUAUCGUGCUUCCCACCGCAGCUAGGGAUGUUAUGUGGAUGUCUUCCUUGGAUAGUCAAUCCCUUCAAGCGUGGAACGAUGUGCGCGUUGAGAUUCUGAUUCAAGCUCCUACCGAAUCCUCGGGGUCUUUUAUCAGAUUAAUUCGAUCCCUGAAAGAUGCGGACUACCUUGGGUCAGUGCCCGGCCUGACUAUUGAAUUGCCCCAUGAUGUAGAUCCGGAACUUCUCCAAUUUCUGAAGACGAUGAAAUGGCCUUCUGAUGCCUCGAACAAGGUCACUCUCCGCCGACGUGUGCGACAUGGCGUUUUGGAUGCGGCCGAAGCUGCUUUGAGAACUGCGGAGGCUUUCUAUCCCCAGGAUCCAAACAUGACCCAUGUGCUUAUGCUUUCCCCGCAAACAGAGUUAUCGGUCUCUUUUUACCACUACCUAAAGCAUACUGUGCUGAAAUACAAAUACUCGGCAAACGCGGGACAGACGGCAUCUGACCUACUCGGAAUAUCAUUAGAGCUUCCGUCCUCACUUCCUACUAAGGAUGAAUCAUUCAACUCUCCAAUUAUCGAUACCUAUCGCUUCGCGAGCUUAGAUGAAAGAGAGGCCAUGCCUGUCUCCUUGGGACAGGUUCCGAACAGCAACGCCGCGUUAUAUUUCGGAGACAAAUGGGUCGAGUUCCAGUCCUUUAUUUCAGAGCGGCUUGCCAAGGAAGAGACUUCGUCUCAUGAGAAGGUCAUCUCGGAGAGAUAUCCGGCUGUUAUGGAGUACUUACUGGAGUUCAUGCGCGCAAGAGACUAUUAUUUACUCUAUCCAGCUGCUAGCGGCACUCAGACUCUAGUGACUGUCCAUAGUGACUUAUUCCAAAUCCCGGAAGAAUAUUCUGAAGAAGGCUGGGCCUAG